CGAGCAGCUGCCUUCUACCAACGUUGUUGACCGUCUGCAAAAAGAGAAUGGCGAACUAAAGGAAGGCUGGGGAGGACUUGAGGACGCGGUUGGAAAAUGAUAUGGCGGCGUUUAAAUGGGAAAUUAGGGGACUCAAGGACAACCAUGAAUCCAUAGGGAGGAGUAACCUCAACAAGCAGAUCGAUGAGUUGAGGGCAGAAAUGGAUCUGCUGCGUAAGCAGAACGAGAAGACCGAGGAGGUUGCUCAACUAUGGAGGAGCGAGGCCCUAAGGCCUGGGAAUAAAAGAGGGAGUAUUAAUAUAUCAACACCGGCUAGCGAAGGGCGAACGGCAACACGAUCCAGAUUGGGGGGUGGCACCACUGGCACGGAUGAUGAAGCCAGGCGCCUGCGUGCAGAAGUCCAGGAGUUGCAAGAACGUCGUCGGUGUGACCAGACUGACGUGGACAUGCUUAAGGAGAGGUGUGCUAAAGCUGAGGCGCAACGAAUGGAGGCCGAAGCCGAAUUGUCGAGAUUACGAGAGCAACUGGAGAGUCUGUCUACUGAAGGUGCUGGCGCAGGUACACCGCAAGUUAAAGGAACAAAUCUAAAAGAGAGAAUGGACGAUGCAGCAAAAACGGGCUUUCGCACGGGAAGACGGGGACGUGUGAAGAUGACUCCCGGAAGGUUACCAAGGGAGGGCAGUGCCAGGAAAGUCAACGACAGAUUUGCUUUCGUUCAGGAUGAGCGGAAGCGAGACUCAGAGCACUCAAGAAGGGAGGCUUGGAACCGCUAUGCAAAGAAGCGGGGAUUAAGUAUAAGACGGUGGAUAUUACGGUUGAUGAGUUGGCUGAACUCAACGCGGAGAAGAGAUUUGGAGGGAGUUGCAGCUCUGAGGAGAGGGCGGAUCCUAAACAGGAUCAUGAGCAUGGACUCUUUAUUUCUAAGUAACCCUGGUUUUGUGUUAUGUCAGGACGAGAGUGCCGCUAUGGAGUCUUGUGCGGCUCGUUUUCGAGAGGAGGGUUUUGAAAGGUUGGGUAAGUGGAAUCCGGCUGGAGAUUUAGGGCAGUCUUACUCCAUACCAAAGCACAAGGAUAUUACAAAAUGGAGACCUAUCUGCCCUACUCAUUCGGAGUGUGGGGUACGGGCGAGUAAAAGAGCGGCACAGAGUAUUAACGAAUUGUUGUGGGAUUUACCUUCGGCCACUAACUUCAAUCUCAAGAGUAUGGCCGAUUUGGCUGCCACAGUUGGGAAAGUAAACAAGGAAUUGAGGAAGGGCGAGUGUUUUUUGAGCGCUGCUUUUGAUAUUAAAGAGAUGUUUUGUAAUUUACCCCAUGAUGCGAUUAUGAAGGCGGUGCGUUGGGUUGUGGAUUUUUGGAUGAUCCAGGGGUGUAAAGGAGUGUUGGUAAACCAGAGGGGGAAAGGUGCGAAGUUGAGAUUUGGUGGUGUGCAGUCUGGUUGGAUUUCCAUUCCGUUCGCUACCCUUGUUGACUUUGUCAAAUUUGACUUGGACUGCACCUUCUUCAAAGCUUGUGGACAAUUACUGCAGCAGAAAGUUGGGAUCCCAAUGGGCAAGUCUUCUAGUCCGGCGCUGGCGUGUCUCUUAUGUGUGUAUAAUGAGUUUCUUUUCCUCUCAUCUCUUGGCUGUGACAGGAGGCUUAUCAGUGGUAUCCGAAUGGUGGAUGAUGUCUCAGUGUUUGUAAGAUAUAGGGACGGCAACUCGAAAUCUGAGGCGGUGGCUCAGUCUAUUUUGAGCAGGUUCCGAUUCUGUUACGAUUCGAAUUUGGUGCUGGAAUGCACGAGUGAUGGUGAUUGUUGGGAUUUUCUGGGAUGUGUGCUGAAGGUCCUAGAUUGGCCUUGGGGUAUCCAAUGUGUGGCUCUAAACAAGAACCAAAGGUUUUUCAAGGAAGACAGGUUGCGUUUUCAGAGCCUGCAGGACUAUAGCUCCUUCUCGUGUAGGGAGCAGAAAAUGGCAGUCAUUUGCUCUUGCCUUCACAGGGCCAAGGCGUAUACUACGAUGGCAGGGAUGGAAGUGGUUUUUCUCCUCACUCUUAAGAUUGAGCUUAGGAGGAGGGACUUCCCUGAUGAAUACUUUGACAAUGCCUUGCCAAAUUUCUCCUGCAAAUUCGGGGGCAUUUGGGAAGACUGGGUCACUUACCUGACAGUUUGGGGAAGCCUGGUAGGGGGAAGAAGAAAAGCAGGAAGUGCACUUGAGGGGUAACAGGGUAGUACUUAAGCUCGUUCGUCUAUUGGUUCGGUCCCUUAUUUCCUUGCGACUAUUCAGACCCCUGACGAGUUCCGGUUGGCGACCGGACGAAACGCAGCGUCGGGUCGCUGCGCCAUGCUUUGCAUGCUUAUUUUUCGAUAUGUGGCGGUGUUAUUGGUCGCGUUUCUGGAAAAAUUUCGAUAUGUGGCGGUGUUUUAUGAUUAAUCUUUCGGCUUAUGAUUAAUCUUUCGGCCUAUUGGUCGCGUUUCGGGACAUUGGGACUAUGUGUGCUCUUUCUUCUUCGUCAUCCCCUUCGUCUUUCUCUUUUCUCCCUCCUUCCUCGUCUUUGCCUAUUGCCCUAUUAACAAAUUUGUUGUUGCUGU